AUGGCUGCUUCCUCGAGGCCCAUGGGCCCUCAAUUGGCUGAUAUCUUAGCAGGUGGUCUUCCCAAAUUGAAACAUGUUGGUAACGCACAUACUAGUUCAUCAAAUGCUCCACGUGCUCCUGCUAUUCCUACAUUUCCAUCUAUACCGUCGUCACGACCUUCCAAGAGGUCUAGCAUGUCGUUCUCCAGGGCUGCACAGGCACAACAAGCCAAUCAGUUUCCUCCUGCUCCACCUGCUCCUCCAAUUCCAACUUUUUCUGUUUCAUCUGCCUCUUCUGUACCAUCGGCUCCUCCGAUUCCUGGAUCGGCUCCUCCACUUCCAACAUCUCUAGGCGUACCACAAUCGAGUCUCUCGCACUCUCGUCGGGCCUCUUCAGAUUCAGUCUCUUCCAUUGCUUCCACAAAGUCUAAACCAAAGCAGCCUUCCCAAAGGCCACACAGAAAAUCUUCCGCACCAUCAGUGGCUCCUCCUUUGCCUGGAUCUGCUCCUCCUCUGCCUGGAGCUGCUCCUCCUUUACCUAGUGCUCCUCCUCCUCUACCUAAUACUGCUCCUCCUCCGCCUGUCGCAUACCCUCUUCCUUCAUUGACUUCUGCUCCUUCCACGCGGCCCACGCAUCAACUUUCUCAGUUACCUCCUCCACCUCCUGCACCGACAACUCGUGCAGCUCCUCCACCUCCAGCUCCACCUCCUCCUCCUCCACUAUCUUCAUUUAGUUCCCCUCCAAAACACAAGUUACUUACGCAUUCUGCUACACCUUCCUCUACUCCUGUUCUUUCUGGACUUCCUUUCCUUGCAGAAAUUAACCAAAGGCGAGACGAUUCUCAUGUCGUGGAUAGCGAUCAUGCAACCAAAAAAUCUCUUCAGAGAUCCACUGCCCCUGCUAUCACAAACACUGUCAAAGCCCCUGCACAAGAUUCGGUAGAAAGCCCACCCCAGGAUUCAUUCUUAAGUGCAAUUAUGAACAGGCAGCAUCAGUUGGCCGAGAAAUCGGCUUCCCAUUCGUCUCCUGCGGCUUCUUCUGUAUUUUCAGCAGCUCCCCCAACAUCAAAUUCGAUAUCAGCAGAGGUUCAGCAAACUCUGGCUAUUCCAUCCAUUCCGCCCCCUCCGAUCUCACUUGCUCCUAGAGCUCCUUCUACGCCAGUUGUUUCGGCAUCACAUUCUCCAUCCCAUGUUCCUCCUCCCCCUCCAUCAUUUUCUUCGCCUCCUCCGCCUGCUCUUGCACCUUCACUGGCCUCUAUGGCUUCAAGGGAUCGAUCAUCUUCAGUUACUUCUUCCAUGCGCAGCAAGAGGGCGCCCCCACCUCCACCUCCAUCUGUUUCUUCUGCACCUAUUUCAGACAAUCUCUACACCGAAACUCCUGCUGAAAUACUAGAGCAGGAGCCAGUGCACAAGAUCUUUGGCUACGGGCUUCGGCAUACCGUCAAGUCGAAUGAUGCUAAGAUCAAUAGGCAACAAGAUGUGGGUUCCGGUUUGAGGAAGAUCGAUAUUUCUGCAUAUACCAUCACGGGAUCAGGUGUUUCUGCAGGAAGCAGUUCUUCCAAGGGAAGCAAGAUCAUCAUAGAUGAUUCCAGGUUCAAGUUCAUUAAUUCUAAUGAACUGCCUAAGCCUCGUAAGUUUACCGGUAAGAUCAAGCUCUAUCCAAGUGGAAGAGGAAGUUCUGUUCCUCUCGACUUGGCUCUAUACAAAGAGUAG